AUGCCCUUCCUCACCCCUCCACUUUCCAUGGCUGGGCUCAACCAAAUUGCCGCUCCCCACAACUUCGUGCUGGAGACGCCGAACUCGCAGGUCGGGCAGCCCAUGCACAUGGUCAACGGGUUCGAGAGCCCGGAGAUGUCGCUGAAGACCAAGAACAACAUUUGCAAGUCCUUCGAGGACGACCUCUUUUUCUGCCCCCGCGGGCUGCUGUCGUCGCAGGAGCUCUCCACGUGCCAGCAGAUGGACUUGCUUCUGCUCGACCAGAUGCGCGACAUCUCUGGGCUACACGCCGCGCAGGUGACGGACGUUGAGGCGCCCGACCACGCACACUCGCAGCCGAAGUUCAACCCCUACACCUCGCAGAGCUUCAGCCCCGCGCCCCCUCCACUUGAAUCUAGGCCCCACCUGCGCGAGUCCACGCUUUAG